UAUAUAAAGCAGGAGGGCAGAGGGCUCCAGCCCCCCGCUCGCCGUCCCGACGCCAUGCCGUGGGUCAGCGGCGGGAAGCGGAGGGAGAGCUCCGAGCUGCCGCUGCCCGCGGGCUGGGAGGAAGCCCGGGACUACGACGGCCGGGUGUUCUUCAUCGACCACAACACCCGGCAGACGUCGUGGAUCGACCCCAGAGAUAGGAUCACGAAGCCUCUGACCUUCGCCGACUGCGUUGGCGAUGAGCUUCCUCUGGGCUGGGAGGAGGUGUACGACCAACAAGUGGGCGUGUACUACAUCGACCACAUCAACAAGAACACCCAGAUCGAGAACCCGCGGACCCGGUGGCGCCAGGAGCAGGAGCGCAUGCUGAAGGAGUACCUGGUGGUGGCCCAGGAGGCGCUGCAGGCCAAGAAGGAGGUGUACCUGGUGAAGCAGCAGCGGCUGGAGCUCCUCCAGCAGGAGAUGCUGCUGUUCCACCAGCGGCACGCGGACAGCGGGCUCUCCGGCUCGUCCUCCAGCUCUAAAUACGACCCCGACCAAAUCAAAGUGGAGGUGGCCUGCAGGCGAGAGCGGCUCUCCAGGCUGAAGCAGGAGCUGGCUCAGGUGAAGCAGGAGCUGCAGCACAAUGAGAUGGGAGUGGAGACCCUGCAGGAGAUCGACAGGAAGAUGUCGAGCAGUCAGACCAACUACAAGCUGGACGAGGCUCAGGCCAUCUUCAGCGAGCUGCGCAGCAUCAAGAAGAACAUCAGCGCCGGAGAGAAGGAGAGGCAGGACCUCAUCCAGAGCCUCGCCAAGAUCACCGUGAACUUCCAGAGCGGCGAGGUGGCGCCCGGCGAGGACCCGUGUACCCUGCUGCAGUACUGUGACACGGGCAGUCAGACCGACAUCAUGGGGGAGGGGUCGUCUCACCUGGUGGACAAAGUCAAAGUCCACUGGCAGUACGAGGAGGCCAAGAGGAAGGUGCAGAGCACCCAGCACCAGCUGGCCCAGCUGGACAGCGAGAGCUGGUCGGGUCGGGCCGAGGCCGACCGGGACCGGGACUUCCUGCAGCUGCUGCGUGAGAAGGAGGCGCUGCUGCAGGAGCUGGUGCUGGUCAGCCGGCAGCAGCACUCUGAGGAGAACCUGCUGCAGCUGGAGGAGGAGCGCCGCCGGCUGGAGGAGGAGGUGCAGCGGGCCCACAGCUCCCAGAGCCAGGGAGCCAAUCAGAGGAUCCUGCAGCAGGAGAAGAGGAACGCUCUGCUGAGGCAGCUGGAGGAGGCCACGCGCAUCACCACCUACCUCCACUCGCAGCUCAAGAGCCUGUCGGCCAGCUCCCUGACGGUGUCGUCCAGCAGCAGUCGUGGCUCCCUGGCGUCGAGUCGUGGCUCGUUGGCGUCGAGCCGCGGCUCCCUGAGCUCCGUCAGCUUCAGCGACAUCUACGGCGUCCCUCAGUACGAGCGUCUGGACGGCGCCGGCGAGCCGCCGGACCCUCACCUGCGCUGCCUGCCGCAGCCGGACGGCUCCGCCUCCGGCGCCGAGCCGCCGGGCAGGAGCAAGCGUUGCCACGACGCCCCGCGCUCGCUGGCCUCGCUGUCCUCGCGCUCCUCGCUGUCCUCCCUGUCGCCGCCCGGCUCGCCCAUGGACGCCGCGCCCUACCUGCCGCCGGACUGCCCCCUCACGCAGAUGACGGAGGAGUACAUGGAGCAGGCGGGCCGCGGCCUGCUGGAGGGGCUGCGGGCGCCGCCCGACCCGGGAGGCUCCGCCCACCCGCCGGACAACAAGGGCCACAGAGACGCCGCCGCGGUGACCCCGGGAGCCUUCACCCCCACAGGAGUCACCCUGAGGGGGAACAGCGCCAACAGGAGCGGCCGGCGGGCCCGGAGAGUCUCCACCGGCGUGUCCGAGGACGCUCUGGCCACAGACAGCGGUGUGUUCGAGGCCUGGGGCAGAAGGGCCGAGGAGUCGGAUGAGAUGCUGUACAUGAAGGACCUGAGCAGCUCUGUGAGCGAACCCCCCCAGAUCCAGCUGGGUCUGCUGUGGGAGUCCGGGUCUCAGUCCCUCCGGCUGCACCUGCUGCAGCUCAAGAACUUGAACCGGUCUACGGUGAGAGACGGCUGUAAAGUGUACGUAAAGGUGCACCUGGUCCCUCUGGACUCGGCCCGGCCCUGUGCCUUCUACUGCUGCACGGCGCUGGAGCCUCAGGCCCAGAUGAGCUUCAACGAGGGCUUCCGCAUCCCCGUCGCCGGGGGCAACCUGGCGGCCUGCGCCCUGCAGCUGUCCGUCUGCUCGCCGGGACCCCUGGACCCCCAGGAGGAAGUGCUGGGCGAGGCCCGCGUGGGCCUGGCUGAGUGUGAGGGGACCACGGAGAUGGCCUACCAUUGGCUGAGGGUGCACACGCCCAGCGGGACCCCGGAGACCCCCAGACUGGAUCAGAAGAGCACCGAGACCAGGGCCCGAAACACGGACGGUCUGCUGUCCCGCUCCACCUGCACCCACCUGGAGGAGCAGGAGGCGGAGCUUCAGAAGAAGGAGGAGGAGGAGUCGGCGUCCGACAGGGGUCAGCAGGCGGCGUCGGUGGACAGCGGCUGCGGCGCGGCGGCGUUCUCGGAGGGCGUGGCCACCACCGGGGGGCGCUGCGAGGCCCCGGGCGGCCGGCCGUCUGCGGUGAAGGUGGAGAAGGCCACCAUGACGGAGGGCCCGUUCCCCGAGCCGGCGCCACUGGCCCGGCCCAAAGAGAGGGGGGGGGGCCGCUGGGGCCACGCCUCACCCUUCAUGCGCGGCAGCACCAUCGUGCGCUCGCAGACCUUCUCGCCCGGAGCCCGGAGCCAGUACGUCUGCAGGUUGUAUCGCAGUGACAGCGACAGCUCGACGCUCCCGAAGAAAUCUCCUUUUGUCAGGAACACGUUGGAGAGACGAACGCUGAGAUAUAAGCAGCAGUCGUUCCGGUCCUCUCUAGCUGAGCAGCCCACUAGGACUUCUCUGGACCUGGAGCUGGACCUCCAGGCCUGCAGGACCCGCCAGAGGCAGCUGAUGGAGGAGCUGGGCGCCCUGAGAGAGCUCAAGCUGAGGCUGGAGGACCCGCAGGAGGCCGGCGAGCCGCCCCACUGGGCCCUGAGGGACGAGCGCCUACGCUGCCUACUCAGAGAGGCCCAGAGACAGGCCAACCAGAGCGAGCAGGAGCAGCGUCAGGAGGAGGCGGCCGAGAGGAGGCUGAGGAAGGCUUCCAAGGAGGUCCUGCAGAUGAGGGGCCAGAACCACAAGGAGCCCCUCCCCGUGCAGACCUUCAGGGAGAAGAUGGCGUUCUUCACGCGGCCGAGGUUCAACGUUCCUCCGCUGCCGGCGGACGACGUGUGAGACGAACAUGAAGAACUCGUCAUGCAGUGACCUUCAUCUUUUUAUGAACUCAUGAAGUACCGAGGACUCUGGGGAGGGACACACACACACACACAGAGAGGGACACACACAGAGGGACACGCACACACAUAGAGAGAGAGGGACACACACAGAGGGACACGCACACACAUAGAGAGAGAGGGACACACACACAUAGAGAGAGAGGGACACGCACACACAUAGAGAGAGAGGGACACACACGAUGGUGAAGAUUAGAAGGUUUCAUAUUUUUCAGUGUUUGUGGUUUUUAUUACAAACGACAAAUGAUCAAAGACGAGAUGGUUGAGUUCACUUUGGGGGUGGGGGUGGGG